UAGCCAUGGAGUCUCAUUGCUUCCUUUUGGCCUCUUUUCUCUUGGUUGCAACUUCUGUUACCCAUUUCGGUUUUGCUUCUCCACUACCACUCCCUUUGACACCAACAUCACCACCCGCCGUUUACCCAGAAUGUGACAACACACCACCACCAUCACCCAUCGUAUCUCCGCCAAUUUAUCCACCUCCACCACCGAAUCCAAACCCACCUGUACCUGCACCUACUCCAUCACCGUCUUAUUCACCCACCCCUCCCCCACCGGUGUCAGCCUGCCCACCUAUGGCAACACCACCUAGCACAACUCCACCACCGCCAUCUUUACCUCUUCCGUAUCCACCCACCACUCCACCAUCUAACCCACCUGGUGUAGCACCACAACCUUCACCGGUGAAACCACCGACACUUCCACCAUAUAUAAACACUCCACCUCCUUAUAAACCAGGAUCUCCACCACCUCCAGGGACACCGGCAAUUCCACCAUCACCCAAAAUGCCACCCGGUGUUCCACCAACAUUUCCGGUGAUACCACCGCCUCCAUAUGCACCCAACCCUUCACCGUCUCCUACACCAGCUCCUCGUGUAGCACCACCGACAUCCCCAGUGACACCACCGACAGUUCCACCGUUUCCAUAUCCACCUUCUCCUACACCGGCUCCUGGUAUAGCACCAAUAUCUCCGACAACACCGACAUCUCCACCGCCUCCAUAUUCACCCCUCAUUCCACCUAGUCCAGUGACGCCACCACCUGCACCAUCUCCAUAUCCAAUCAACACUCCACCUCCCGCUAUGCCACCGUCGCCACCUUGUAGCACCCCACCCCCACCGCCUACUAAUUCAACUCCACCAUCUCCCGAUUCACCCAAGACGCCACCGCCGAUCACUCCACCAUCUCCGAAUCCAUCAAAGACACCACCGCCCUUUCUCCCACCACCAAUCACUCCGCCAUCUCCCAUUUCACCUAUCAUCCCUCCAUAUAUAAGUCCUUCACCAAGUAUUCAACCAUAUUACCCUGCCACGCCUAUCCCCACCACACCACCACCUUGCAACGAUGCUCCACCGAUGGGCAGCAAGCCACCAUUAAAUUCAGAAGAAUGUUUUUCAUCAUGCGAGUUAAGGUGCGAGUUAGACGCGAAGCAAGAAAGAUGCCACCGAAGUUGCAUGGCGUGUUGUCAUCGUUGCAAUUGUGUUCCACCUGGACAAUAUGGAAAUAGAGAGAUGUGUGGUCCGUGCUACACUGAUAUGAAAACUCUCGCUGGAAGAACUAUGUGCCCUUGAAGGCCUUCUGCUUUAUAUUAGUUUCCCGAUUAUAUGAAGGGAUCAAUAAAAUUAUGUUUGGUAAUUAAUGGAUGUUAAAAUAACUUGGUUUUGGAUUCUGAUAUAUAUCUACAUGCGGAUAUAUGAAAAGCAUGAGUAUUUUCAUUAAUGAAUGUAUGCGUUAUUGCGUUAUUAUAAAACUUUUAUUUGGUUUGAA